UAAACACAGCCGGCAGCUGCGGUGAAACUCGAGCGUUAGCGAAGCGAAUAUUCGCAUCGCGUCCGGUGUAACUUCCCGUGAUGCUCCGCGCCAAAGUGGUUUCCUUGCGACCAAUGGUGUCGUGUUUUUGACCGUUACUAUCCUCUUAUUGGUUCAGCAACAUUUAAAAGUAUUGUUUGAAAUACUUUUCUUGUCGGAGGUAACAGAGCGCCAGAGAGGACAGAGAAAGAGUUGUCAGAGAACAAGACGUUGGAUUCAUAAUAAACACAAAUCAUAUUUCCUGGGGAUAAAGCGGAUUAUUCAUAAAAGGAGAGGAAGAUAAGCCGAGAAAAGAGUGCCAUCAUGGCUUCACACAACUCGAGCGGAUUGAAACGGGAUGAGAAGGGGAGUAACAUCCAGGUCGUAGUCAGAUGCAGACCCUUUAACACAGUGGAGCGAAAGUCCUCCUACGGGGUGAUGGACUGCGACUCCAACAGGAAGGAAGUGGUCGUGAAGACAGGAGGAAUGAACGACAAGGCGUCACGAAAAACUUACACUUUUGACAUGGUUUUUGGUCCAGCAGCAAAGCAGAUUGACGUCUACAGGAGCGUCGUUUUCCCCAUCCUGGAUGAAGUCAUUAUGGGAUACAACUGCACUGUUUUUGCUUACGGGCAGACAGGUACAGGAAAGACGUUCACUAUGGAGGGAGAGAGGACUCCAGACGAGCAGUUCACCUGGGAGGAGGACCCUCUGGCCGGCGUCAUCCCCAGAACGCUGCACCAGAUCUUCGAGAAGCUUUCGGAGAACGGCACAGAGUUCUCCGUCAAAGUGUCUCUGCUGGAGAUCUACAACGAGGAGCUGUUCGACCUGCUGAGCACCGGGGACGACGUCACCGAGCGGCUGCAGCUCUUCGACGACCCGCGGAACAAGCGCGGCGUGGUGGUGUAAGGGUCUGGAGGAGGUGACGGUUCACAACAACAGACGAAGUGUUAUCAGAUCUGGAGAGAGGGUCAGCCAAGAGGAGGACGGCCUGCCCCCCACGCUCAUCGAACGCUUACUCCAGCGCUCCCACUCGGUGUUCCUCGGUCACCAUUCACAUGAGGAGAGCACUAUGGAUGCGGAGAGGAGCUGGUGAUUAUGAUCGGAAAGCUCA